ACUUCCGGCCGGCGCUCGGGCUCUGCACCUGGACAGGGCAGCGGUAGGGCAGCGGUGGGCCGGCGGUUGCGCUCCUCAGAUUGGCUGCCUUCCGGGCGGCGGCUUGCGUUUGAGCUUCAGAAAGCGAGCAGCGGCCUCCAGGAAGCCAAGCUGGCCGAGCACUUUUAGGAAGAAGAUCCUUUUAUUGCUUUUGUACAAGACCAGACAGGAUCUCAUUUGUCAAACGUGGUACCAAUUGGGUAUCUUAACACAGGAGCAGAACUUCCUAAAGCAGAAUGAUGAUGGUAGAUCUGAAAGUGGCUGCAUACUUGGACCCUCAGAUCAGGGCUUUGUGGGAGACCAAAGAGCCUGCAAGAGAGAGCUCCGGUCAGAGUAAAAGAUCUCCUCAAAUGGACAGUAUCGAUCCUAAGAGCUCUUGCUGGCGCUUCCGCAACUUCACCUAUGGUGAAGCAGCUGGACCUCGUGAGGCUGUCAGCAAACUUCAAGAAUUAUGUCAUAUAUGGCUGAGACCAGAGAUCCACUCAAAAGAGCAGAUACUGGAACUGCUGGUGCUGGAGCAGUUCCUGACUAUUCUGCCCAGGGAGACACAGACCCAGAUGCAGAAGCACCAUCCACAGAGCAUUGAGGAGGCUGUGGCUCUGGUAGAACACUUGCAGAGGGAAUCUGGUCAAACAUGGAAUGGGGUGAGAAGAAAGAUUCCUGGCAUAUACAGUGAAAUAGGAUGCAGGUGGAUAUAGUAGAGAUGGUGGCAGUUAGUUGAGAAAUUAGAUGGAUUAGGUCACUGUUUUUUUUUUUUUUUAGGACAGUUAAGGUGGGACAUGAAACUACGGCCCACAGAGAAGUGCACAGCUUUCAGAGAUUGUGGCAGAUACUUCCCUGGCCUUAUAGAAGGAGAGUUGCUUUUGCCCUCUUUGGAGCCAGGGUGAAUUGAGGGUGAUGGGCCUAGUCUGGCUUGGCCAAGGAGACAGGACUUAAGUACUUAGAAUAAAAGGUAAUAAAGAGGGAGGCUGGAUGCAGUGGCUCACACCUGUAAUCCCAGCACUUUGGGAGGCUGAGGCGGGUGGAUCCCCUGAGGUCAGGAGUUCAAGACCAACCUGGACAGCAUGGUGGAACCCUCUCUACAAAAAUAAACCAGCUGGGCAUGAUGACGAGUGCCUGUAAUUCCAGCUAUACUGGAGGCUGAGGAGGGAGAAUCAUUUGAACGUGGGAGGUUGCAGUGAGCCGAGAUCGCGCCGUUGCACUCCAGCCUGGGCAACACAGCAAGAUUCCAUCUCACAAAAAAAAAAAAAAAAAAGGAGGGGCCGGGUGCGGUGGCUCACACCUGUAAUCCCAGCACUUUGAGAGGCCAAGGCAGACUGAUUCCGUGAGCUCAGCCUGGGCAACACGGUGAAACCUCGUCUCUACAAAAAACAUGAAAAUUAGCCAGGCAUGGUGGCACACACCUGUGGUCCCAGUUACUUGGGAGGCUGAGUCAGGAGAAUCACCUGAGCCCAGGAGGUGGAGGUUGCAGUGAGCUGAGAUCGCACCAUUGCACUCCCUUGGGUGACAGAGUGAGACCCUGUCUUAAAAAAAAAAGGGCAGAUCCACAAGGAGAACACAGGAAAACAAGGACAUUUAAAGAAAAGGAGAAAUUGGCCAGGUUUGGUGGCUCAUGCCUAUAUUUUGAACACUUUAGGGGGUCGCGGUGGGAGGACUGCUUGAGACCAGACUGGGGAACAUAGUGUGACGUUGUUGCUAUGAAAAAAAAAAAAAAAGCCAGGCUGAUGGCACGUGCCUGUAGUCCCAGCUUCACAAGAGGUUGAGGUGAGAGGAUUGCUUGACCCAGAAGUUUGAGGCUGCAGUGAGUUAUUAUUGCAGCAUUGUAUUCUGGCCUGGGCAACAGAGUGAGAACUUGUCUCUUUAAAGAAAAAAAAAGUUUUAGGCCAGGCGUGGUGGCUCACAUCUGCAAUCUCAGCACUUGGGGAGGCUGAGGCAGGCGGAUCACAAGGUCAGGAGUUCGAAACCAGCCUGACCAACAUGCUGAAACCCUGUCUGUACUAAAAAUACAUAAACUAGCUGGGCGUGGUGGCGUGUGCUCGUAAUCCCAGCUACUCAGAAGGCUGAGGCAGGAGAAUAGCUUGAACUUGGGAGGCAGAGGUUGCAGUGAGCUGAGAUUGCACCACUGCACUCCAGCCAGGGCAACUGAGCGAUACUCCAUGUCAAAAAAAAAUGUUUUUAAAAAUUAGGAAAAAUCCAGCCUGGGCAACAUGGUGAAGCUCCAUCUCUACAAAAAACACAAAAAUUAGCUGGGCAUGGUGGUGUGUGCCUGUAGUCCCAGCUACUCGGGAGGCUGAGGUGGGAGGAUCACCUGAGCCUGGGGAGGAUGAGACUGCAGUGAGCCAUGAUUGCACCACUGUACCCCAGCCUGGGUGACAGAGUGAGACCCCUGUCUCAAAAAAAAAAAAAAAACAACUAGGGGAAGACUGCAGAAGAAAAGAAAACAUAGAAAAAAGGGAAACAAAGAUUUGGAAAAAAGAAAAAUCCCAACAGAAUAGCUAAGGAGAAGAAAUGCACUGAUGGGUAAUGUCCUCCCUAUAGUAGAUGAAAGUCUCUACUGCCUUCCCUUAAUGGUUGUUCCUUGGCUUUGCUGACAAGUUAGGAGCCAGGGUAUGAACUUGGUGGGUGGCGACAUAUCUGCUGACCUCGGGUCUGCUGGGAAGAAUACACGGCAGGACCUAUGUUUGGUGUCAGAAUCAUGUGGAGUGUCUUAUACUACCCACAAUGUGGGCUGUACACCUGUUGCUCUGCCUCCACCCCCACAAACCAAAAGUAAGUUCUGUGGUAACGAGGAUGGGAAUUAUUUCUAGGUCCAUGAGCUGGGAAAGGAGGCAGUGCUCUUGGGAGAAACAGCAGAGGCCUCAAGUUUCAGGCUGAAGCCAACAGAGUCCCAACCAGUGGGCAUAUCCCAAGAUGAAGAAUUUUGGAAUACAUACCAGGGUCUGCAAGAACAGCUCAGCAGGAAUACUCAUAAAGAGACUGAGCCUGUGUAUGAGAGGGCUGUGCCUGCUCAACAGAUUCUAGCCUUUCCUGAGCAAACAACCACCAAAGACUGGACAGUGACACCUGAGCACGUCUUGCCUGAGUCCCAGAGCUUGUUGACAUUUGAAGAAGUGGCCAUGUAUUUUUCCCAGGAAGAAUGGGAGUUAUUGGAUCCCACUCAGAAGGCCCUCUACAAUGAUGUAAUGCAGGAAAACUAUGAGACUGUCAUCUCUCUAGUAUUGUUUGUGCUCCCCAAACCUAAAGUGAUCUCCUGUCUAGAGCAAGGGGAAGAGCCAUGGGUUCAAGUAUCCCCGGAGUUUAAGGAUAGUGCUGGAAAAUCUCCUACAGGGUUAAAGCUCAAAAACGACACUGAAAAGCAUCAACCUGUAUCUGUUUCUGACUUGGAAAUACAAGCAUCAGCAGGCAUCAUAUCAAAAAAGGCCAAAGUAAAAGUUCCCCAGAAAACAGCAGGCAAAGAAAAUCAUUUUGAUAUGCACAGAGUGGGAAAAUGGCACCAAGAUUUUCCAGUGAAGAAAAGAAAGAAACUUUCAACCUGGAAACAAGAGCUGCUCAAACUUAUGGAUCGUCACAAGAAAGAUUGUGCAAGAGAGAAGCCUUUUAAAUGUCAGGAAUGUGGGAAAACCUUCAGAGUUAGCUCUGACCUUAUUAAGCACCAAAGAAUUCACACUGAGGAGAAACCCUAUAAAUGUCAACAGUGUGAUAAGAGGUUUAGAUGGAGUUCAGAUCUUAAUAAGCACUUAACAACACACCAAGGAAUAAAACCAUAUAAAUGUUCAUGGUGUGGGAAAAGCUUCAGUCAAAAUACAAAUCUACAUACACACCAAAGAACUCAUACAGGAGAAAAGCCCUUCACAUGUCAUGAAUGUGGAAAAAAAUUCAGUCAGAACUCCCACCUUAUUAAACACCGCAGAACCCACACAGGUGAGCAGCCAUAUACUUGUAGCAUAUGCAGGAGAAACUUCAGCAGGCGGUCAAGCCUUCUUAGACACCAGAAACUCCACCUGUGAAGAGAAGCUUGUCCAGUGUCCUCAUUCUGAAGACAUUACCAAAUGGAGCUUGACACUAAAAUUUAUGUAAAACAAAAAUCACAAACCUUGAAAAAUUUUACAUCAGAAAAUGGGGGGAUAAACAUAGGUUUCACAGAAAAUAAUCAAGACUUGCUCUGCAGCCACUUGGUAGUCUUUUGUGGUCACAGAAGUAAACGUUGGUUUUGUAUUGAUCUCUCCAGUCAUUUUUGAACACAUCCAGUAGAAACAUUUGCAGCAUGGUCUUCCAAAGCAAAAAGCAGUAACAUGCAUGUUUAAUUGCAUACCAUUCUUUUCACCGUAGCAGGCUUACCAAUUUCAAUAGUCUCAUGAGGCAGAAAUGAAUUACAAUGUAAAGUGUUCCAAGAACCAAAUUGGAUUUUCUUUCUUUUGUCAUUGGACAAGGUUUGCAAAGUUGAACAUCAUUUGAGUUCCUUCUUGAAUUUUUUGGCAACUUCUCUUGGAUCCUGUUAUCACAGUUUUUUACUGUGAUGAAAUCAUGUUAACUUCAGCACUAGGGAAUCUCCAGAUGAACUAUUAAUGCACUAUCUCAUGCCUCUCGUCGGUGAUGUUUGGAAAAUAGAAAACAUCGCUAAUGGAAUCAUGGGGAAACGGGUUGGAAUUUGUAGCCAUGGAAUAUAUAUUAGAUGUAAAGAAUUUUCUGCAAUAAAAGAAACUAGAUUUGUUAA